AUGUCUAGGGACAUUCUUCUUUCAGUACUCGAUCAGAUCCCCUCAUCAAUUCCUACAACCAUAUUCACUUAUCCCAUUGAUCAUCCCAUUAAGUCAUUGAUUUUCGAUGAAGCAGACAGUGACGUUUUCGAAGAAGCAGACGAUGAAAUGACUGAGUCUUCCGAUAAAACGAAUGAUGAGCCUUCUGAUGAGGUGACACCUACUGAAUCAUCAGAGGCCACCGCUACUAAAGAAGCUCCGAAGUGUGUGGACAAGCAAAACUGCGAGUCUCUCGCUCGCGAAGGAUUUUGCAAAAUGAAUUUCCCGGAUCGUAUCAAGAAGGCCAGUUGUCCGGUAGUGUGCAACCUCUGCAAUUGA